AUAAAAAACAAUAAUUUAGCCCUGAAUGAAUGAGGAAAAAUUAAGAAAGACCAAAACUGGUACACUUCAACGUUGGUUACCAUCACUGUAACUCCAUCAAGUGAAACUCCUUCCCUCCCAAGUGUCGCUCACUGCAAUCAUUUCCCAUUCUAUCAAACGGCGUCGUUUUUCAAUUCCUAAAAGCAGCAGUUAAAGCCUCAUUCCCCUUCCAAACACCUCGAAUUCUAAACCACCGCCAAUCUGGAACUCGAAUCCACCGCAAUGUUGAAGCGACCCGGCCGCCAGCUAUCUUCGCCGGCGCCGGAGUCGCUCCCCGAUAAGAUCUAUCAGUUCCGCGGUGCCUUCCUGAUGGUUGCACUCCCUCUCCUCCUCGUCACGCUCGUUCUUUACUUCAUGCCUUCUGCCUCUUCCAACGAGUCCGUUGAGGUUUACGCUCUCACGCACCGUAAAUUUUCUCCCGAUCGUAAACCGGCCGAUUCGUUCGCCGUCAUCUUUGACGCUGGUAGCUCCGGCAGCCGCGUCCACGUCUUUCGUUUCGAUCGGAACCUUGAUCUCGUUCCUAUUGGCAAAGAUCUCGAGGUUUUCUUGCAGAUAAAACCUGGUUUGAGUGCUUAUGCACAGGACCCACAACAGGCAGCGGAAUCUCUUGUUUCUCUUUUGGACAAAGCUGAAAGCGUUGUUCCUAUGGAGUUUCGCGCAAUGACACCCGUUAGAGUUGGGGCAACUGCAGGAUUGAGGGCUUUGGAAGGGGAUGCUUCUGAUAGGAUUUUGCAAGCGGUCCGAGAUUUGCUUAAGCAAAGAAGUACUCUAAAAUCUGAGCCUGAUGCGGUUGCUGUGCUAGAUGGAACCCAAGAAGGUGCUUUUCAAUGGGUGACUAUUAACUAUCUACUGGGAAAAUUGGGAAAAGAUUAUUCAGAUACUGUUGGGGUAGUUGAUCUUGGAGGUGGAUCUGUUCAAAUGGCAUACGCCAUCUCAGAGGAUAGUGCUGCCAAGGCUCCAAAAGCUCUGGAUGGAGAAGACCCCUAUGUCAAGGAGAUGUUCCUACGGGGAAGGAAAUAUUACCUCUAUGUUCAUAGUUACUUACGCUAUGGUUUACUAGCAGCUCGUGCAGAGAUUUUAAAGGUUUCUGAUGAUUCUGGAAACCCUUGCAUCUUAGCUGGCUAUGAUGGAUCUUACAAUUAUGGAGGAAAGUCAUUUAAGGCCUCGUCCUCCUCCUCUGGUUCAAGCUUGAAUGAAUGCAAAAGCAUAACUCUUAAGGCUCUCAAAGUUAAUGAAUCAACAUGUACACAUAUGAAGUGCACUUUUGGUGGGAUAUGGAAUGGCGGCGGCGGCGAUGGACAGAAGAACCUUUUUGUUGCCUCAUUCUUCUUUGACCGGGCUGCUGAGGCUGGUUUUGCUGAUCCAAAAUCACCCGUUGUGAAAGUUCGUCCUGCUGAUUUUGAGGACACAGCAAAGCGAGCUUGUCAAACAAAACUCGAAGAUGCUAAAUCCAUUUAUCCACAUGUUGAGGAGGGGAACCUUCCAUAUUUAUGCCUGGAUCUUGUAUACCAGUAUACAUUGCUUGUUGUUGGAUUUGGCCUGGAUCCAUUGCAGCAGAUUACAUUAGUGAAGCAAGUUAAAUAUCAUGAUUCUCUUGUUGAAGCUGCAUGGCCUCUAGGCAGCGCCAUUGAAGCUGUAUCAUCUGUUCAAUGACAACAAUAUAAAUAGCAAUGCCUUAAAAUUUUGGAACGAUAAGUUUUAUCAAGAGUUUAUCAGAAAUCGCUAUUAGGUAGACAUUUAAUUGUAAAUGAGUCUACACUUUAAAAAUAAACGAUAGAAGAUGGCUUCAUUAUUUUCCAUUUGUAAUUAUUUUACAGUUUUGUAAGACUAAUUCUAUUUAUUUUGUUCAUCUAUUUUUGUAGUCAGGAGAGAUAAACAUAGAAAUUAAUGUAACAUUCCCCGAAAUAUUUUCAUUUC